AUGUCGGCCUCGUCGCGCAGCCAGAGCUCCUCCCCCGAUAUCCUAGGUCCUCCGGGCGAUGCCCAGUACUUGAUCUCAUCACCGAUCAAACCAUUCGCAGGGCGCCAAAGCUGGAUGUCUCCUAUGGUAGCGAAAUCACGGACUCCGGCCAAGCGACCGCGACCGCGCGGUAGCCUCAGUCCCGCAAAAAGCGCGCAUUCGAUUCAAUUCAAAGAUGUCAUACUCCCCGGGUCGCCAGCAAUGAAGUUUAAUGGUGGUCGACAAAGGUCACUCUCUCCGGAAAAGCUUCAGGAGGGAAAUGUCAGCCCAUGGCGCAUCCGACUCACGCUGGAAGCGACACAAGACGAAGAUGACGAGAACCGGGGUAGCCCGUCGCGCAAACGAUUAAAGCCCUCGGCCAUAACAACGAUGAUACCAUUAAAGGAUGAGAGGAGUCCAUUGAAGGAGAAAACGCAGUACAAGAGGCGAGGGCGUCCUCGAAAGUCUGACAUUAGUUUGUCCCCGUUUGCUGCGCGUACCCCUCGCCCUGGACAUACACCUGGGCCGGGGAAUACACCUGGACCGGGGCAUACUCCUGGACCACAAGCUGGUGACUCUCAACCACGCAAAAGAGGUCGACCACGGGGCACGCCCAGGCCCAAAUCACAGGAUUUCCAGUUGCUGGGUGACCAAGCAACGCCGACUAUCGAAUAUGACCACCACUUUAGUCCGAUGGAUAUCGUUCCAAAUAGUGAUGCCCGUCACAACCAGCAAUUCAGUCCAAUGGACACCACGACCAAUGAAACUGGCUUAGGCCAGCAUGAAUACAGUCCGAUGGAUACAAUACCUAGUGAUGCUAGUCUGGGCCACCGAGGAUUCAGCCCCACAGAUGCCCUCACUAGUGACGCUAGCCGAAGCCAACAACGGUUCAGUCCGACGGAUUCGUUUGCUGGAAGUAAUGCAAACGCCAGUCCCUUGAAUCUCAUAGGGGAUGUGGAAUCCGAUGACGACUCUUGGGGGAACUCGGAGAUAUCAAAUGCAGAGCUUCUCCAUCCAACAGAACCCAAUCUCGACAAUACUCGCCGUGAUUACGGCCGAACGAGUUUGGAGACACCUGUUAUCGGAGCUACGGAACAUCACUUUUUGGAUGAUGAGAAUAUCCACUCCACGCCUUCUAAAAUGCCAUCACCGACACGCGAGAGAGCUAUGUUGUCAUCGAGAGCUUCUCGUAAUACCAAUACCGCUAGCCCCCAAUCGCGCACAUAUCCUACUCCGACCCCCACAUCUUCGCUAGCCGAUGAAGAAAAUCAAACCCGACAAGCCGACUCGGAUCAUUUCACAAGGACGGAGACCGACCAUGCUGAAACCGAUCCCGUUGAAGAUCCCGCGGACGAGUACGAUGAAUUCGACACUAUCAUGGAAAGUGAAGGAUUCACUAUGAUUUCCCUUGAUACGCUCCCGUCAGCCAAGCAGCACGGAUUCGGCUCCAGCGCUACGACGAACAGCGGUCCCAAACCGAAGGAAGUCGGAGAACGGUUGAGACGCAAACUUCCCGGGACGAUCCAAGAUCUUCGAGGUGAUUCUCGUGCUGAAAAGGCAUCCAGUCCAGUCACUACGGGCCUAGAUUCUGGGCUAUACAAAAUUCCAAGCACCCAUAUUCCGGAGAAGUACACUGCACAUGCGAUCGAGCGGCAAUCCGUUAACUACGUGAAUGAGAUCGCCUAUCCUGAGCUCCCUGCCGCAUCGUCUCCUGCCAAAUCAACAAUUGUUCCAAAGAAGAGGACACUCACCAGUUUGGCUAAACUUGUUCGACUUAGCUUGGCCCUACAAGGUCCCUUUAAGCCGCAACAAGACGAGUGGUCUGGUAAGAGUAAUGCCCGUCACAAAAGACGUCGGUUGGAGGGUGUUUUUAGCACAUUCAACGCUGAAACGCAGCGGGAACUCCGAGCUGCUAUGGGGCUAGGACAGGAGCUUGCUAUGCGCCGGAUGCUCGCCGAGGAAGAGAAGGCUGCGGCUAUAGCAGCAGAUCAUGCGGCUGCUCGUCGUGAGGAGGAACGUCUCGAGGAAGAACAAGGAGAACAGGAAGAACAGGAAGAACGUCAAUAUAAUGGCUUCAAUGACGAAGAAUCGGAAGAGCAGGAUCAGGAUCGACCCUUUGAAGACGAGAUCAAGAAGCAGGAGCGGUACAUCCAACCGUCACGUUCCAGUCUCAACAACUUCAUUCAGCAAAGCCCGGUGUCCCCCCAGAAGGCACAGCGGGAGGCACAAUGGCAGCUUGAGCGAGAAGCAGUCAGCCGCCAGGCUCAGACGGCUGCAAACUCACAAUCCGUCGUUUAUAUUGAUAGCGAUGAUAAUGCGGCGGAAGAGGAUCGGGGCAUCGAACCUGAACAUGAACAACGAUUUGAAUAUGAGAACGGAAAUGAGUUUGAUGAAGAGCACAACGAUUCUGCACCUGCACCCGUGCCAGAACCAGCGUCAGAACCAGCGCCAUAUGUGCCCCAAGACUUUGAGCCCGAGCCCGAGCCCGAGCCCGAGCCCUUGGAAGAUGAGGAUGAUGGUUAUGACGACAUUUGGCAACUUGAAGCGAAUGAUCACAGCCAUGUCUCACAACACGUCGAGGAUGAUGAUGUCCGGUCUCAUCCGAACCCGCUUGCACGUCCUUUGGGCAAUAUUGCCCCGAUUUCCGCAGGUAAAGACUACCUGAGUUCAUCUCCUUACCCUACCUCAGAGCAGAAUUAUGUAGCGCGCUUCGGACCGUCCAAGGUCCGCGAGCUCCGUGAGCAAAAGGUCGAUUUGUCUGCUUUGCUUGCAGAAGAGGAUACACCAAACCGCGCACGGUAUUACAAUGGAACGAGUACGCCUCGUUUACUCGCCCGCCCGUCAGGGACACAGAAUUCACCAAUCAAUAAUUCUGUCAUGAAGGAUCCGGUAUCGCGCACUCCAGCGCGCAUUCGUUUACAACCUCUCUCCCAUUCCAGCCCGGAUACUCCCAACCCACGGAUCCACAGUCCACAAAUCGCGUUACUUGAUGGGAAGAAAUCUCCGAAGCCUAUACAAAGCCCGCCUAUACAAGAGCAGUUGGAAGAAGACUACGACAGCAGCAGCGUUUCUAGCGCCGCUCUCGGUCAAUCGGAAUCUGCCAACGUGGAUUCUGCCUCCACCCCGCAACCUCGUCAGCUCAACAAAGAGGAGCCAGGAUCAUCCUGGUUCAGUAAAAUAACCAGUUUCACCCCGCAAUGGCUGAAAGCCCCGACCCGUGGCCGAAGCUCGAGUGUUAGUACUAUUCCGGAGGAAGCAUCUGAAUUCGAAGAUGAAGAGGAAAUGGCCAGCAUUGAAUCUGCGAAGGAGCUUGAGGGACAUCUCCAGGAUGAGCCGCUCUCAAAGCAAACGAGCCAAUCACCGGCGAGCAAUUGGAGACAGCCAUCACCAUCCCAGUCUCCCCAGAUCCAGCAAGAUCCUCAUCCUACCGUGGAAGAGGAGGAGGUUCCGAUGAAUGAGAGAAGUGUUUCUCGGGACCUCCGAGAAGAAGAGCAGCCGGUAUCUGGGCGUGGUGUCUCGCAAGAUCCAUUAGAGAACGAAGAUGUAGAGCCAGUGAACCACCAGAAUGGGGCAUCCCCAGGGCCACGACCACUUGCUGUCUUCGGAUACUUUUCCGAUGAGCAUUACGCCGCGCUUUGUCGUAUCUACCGAAUUGCCAAGCGAUACCCCGAGCACUUUGAAUAUCACGAUUCUCCAGGGCGGGCUGCCAUCAUCGGUGAUUGGAUAUGGACCUCCGAUGGUCAUCACGGGGUGCCCAUCACAGAGAUUCAAUUUGCCAUUAUCGAUCGCUUUGCUCAGGAGCUUGCUCGGGCUGAUAUCCAAUAUGGUGGCAGCGGACAGAUCGAUUGGACAGAAGCCGAUCUGCAUCGGAGACUCAUUAGCAUCAUUAUUGGCGAGCAGAUCCGAGAGGAAAGAAAGGCCAAGGCCAACCGGGGUGCUUCUGUGGAUACAUGGCGAUGA